ACACUUCGUCCCCUGCCUGACACACACACACACGCAUACAGACACUCACACACACAGAGCUCCAUUUUGCUGUUCACCAGGAGGGAACUGAGGACCACAGCCCAACAUGACGGACCAGUCGGCAUUCGACACAGAUGUAUGGACCCUUACCCGCUUUGUCAUGGAGACCGGUCGCAAGGCCAAGGGGGCGACCGGUGAGCUGACCCAGCUCAUCAACUCCAUGCUGACCGCCAUCAAAGCCAUCUCCUCCGCCGUGCGCAAGGCGGGCCUGGCCCAUCUGCAGGGUUUGGCAGGCUCAGUGAAUGUGACGGGGGAUGAUGUGAAGAAACUGGAUGUGUUGUCCAACGACCUGGUCAUCAACAUGAUGCAGGCCUCCUACGGUACCUGCUGCAUGGUGUCAGAGGAGAAUAAGGAGCUCAUUAUCACUCCAAAGGGCAAGAGGGGUAAAUACGUGGUGUGUUUUGACCCCCUGGAUGGCUCCAGCAACAUCGACUGCUUGGCUUCUAUUGGCACCAUCUUCGCCAUCUACAAACGGGUGACAGAGGAGGAGCCCGACGAAACAGACGCUCUCCAGCCUGGAAACCAGAUCGUGUGUGCGGGUUACGCGCUGUACGGCAGCGCCACCCUGGUGGCCCUCAGCACCGGUGCUGGCCUCAACUUCUUCAUGCUGGACCCCGCCAUCGGUGAGUUCCUCCUGACCGAGAGGCAUGUGAAGAUCAAGCCAAAGGGAAAGAUCUACAGUCUGAACGAAGGCUACGCCAAAUACUUCCACCCCUCCAUCAACGAGUACCUCAAGCACAAGAAGUACCCGGAGGACGGCAGUGCGCCCUACGGGGCCAGGUACGUGGGCUCCAUGGUGUCUGAUAUUCACCGUACCAUCGCCUAUGGAGGGAUCUUCCUGUACCCAGCCAACGAGAAAAGCCCAAAGGGAAAGCUGCGUCUGCUGUACGAAUGCAACCCCAUCGCCUUCCUCAUUGAGCAGGCGGGAGGAGUGGCAACCACAGGGACCCAGAGGAUACUGGAUAUCAAGCCCGAGGCCCUCCACCAGCGGGUCCCCUUUGUCGUGGGCUCCCCGGACGAUGUCAACGAGUUUCUGUCUUUUGUCAAGAAGCACCAGUAAUAUCACUCGGACUGUUUCUCCAGUCAGGCUUCCUCACAUUCAAUGUUUCAUUCAAGCAGGCGACAUGAAUCACAAUCCGUUUUUAUAUCCCAGGAUCACCUGAUGCAUGAGGGGGAAUUUGAAAUUUGAACAUGCAAGACAAUAACGCAAGAUUUCAGAAAAUGUACAAUAUCUUAGUAGGAAAUAAAAUUAAACAAUAGCUAUGUGUCAAGUCAAGUCAAUUCUAUUUGUAUAGCCCAAUAUCAAAAAUUACAAAUUUGCCUCAGGGGGCUUUACAGCAACACAACAUCCUGUCCUUAGACCCUCACAACAGAUAAGGAACAACUCCCUAAACAUAUCCUCUAACAGGGAGAAAAAAUAGGAAGAAAGCUCAGGGAGAGCACCAGAGGAGGAUCUCUCUCCCAAGACGCACAACGUGCAAUGACACAACGUCAUUGCAUGUGUGUUCUAUGCAGUCUGCAGAAAAGCAUUUGUGUGGAAAAGUAGAUUAAAAUUCUUGAUGAAAGAAACUAUUAUCCAACAAGUUUGCAGAUGGAUCAUCUUUUAUCUGUUUCAGUGACAUUUGCCUUAUCAAAUAUGUUAGUCAUUUAAGAUCUAUCAAAGAAUUGUGUAUUUGUCUUGUAAAACGAACAUAUUUUUUGAAGGAAAAGGAGUGAUUAAAUAAAUAAAUAACCUUCACAGA